GAGAUAUUGUGUUACGAAGACAUAAAGACAUAAAGGUGUUUAACACCAACAACUCUCAGCUCGAUCAUUGUCGCCUGUGCCAUCAAUCUUUCAUUAUUUUAAAUUGUUUAAGAAAGAGAAAUAUUUCGUAUAUAUUCAACUUCUAAUUUAUUUUCCAAAUCCCAGCAUUAUAAAAUUUCUUUUUAACACGACCAAUCCAAUCGAGAUUCUAUAAGUGUAUUUAUUAGACAGUGUAUAUACUGUAUUAAUUAUCUUAGUGAUAUUUUUUCCCUUAUGCCAACUUAAUGGGUGCAUGACUCUCAAAGAAGUAUUCCGUAUUACAUAGCUGGUAGUCGCGUGGUCAGAAUCCAACAACGCUAUCUUCUUACUUCCGGAUAUUCUACAACUACCAGGUACCAAUAAUUUCAUAAACUUAGCUCAUGGCUCUACAAUGCCGGAUACAGAUAUGAAAAUCGACCCGCAAAGAGCUGCUGCUCUGGUAUCGCAGAUCAAAACCGUGCGUGAGCGCAUCGCUGCUGUGGCCAACGGCCGCGAUGUCCGCCUAGUCGCUGUCUCGAAGCUGAAGCCAGCCAACGACAUCCUCGCGUUGUUGCAGCAGGCUUCACCGCCGCAGCUUCACUUCGGCGAGAACUAUGCCCAAGAGCUGAGCCAGAAGGCCGAGCUGCUGCCACGCAGUAUACAGUGGCAUUUUAUCGGCGGCCUACAGUCUGGCCACUGCAAAUCCCUCGCCAAAAUCCCCAACCUCUUCAGCGUCUCGAGCAUCGACACCGAGAAGAAAGCCCAGCUCCUCGACAAAUACCGCGGCGAAUACCUCUCGUCCCUCUCUUCCUCUCCAUCUUCCUCCCUUUCCCCCUCUACCACCACCACCACCACCACCACCACCGCUCCCCCCACCCCCCUCCCCGGCAAAAUCAACAUCCACAUCCAAGUCAACACCUCAGGCGAGCCCACCAAAUCCGGCUGCGCCCCCGGCCCCGCCACCCUGUCCCUCUGCCGCGCCGUCGCCGCCCUGCCCAACCUGCACCUGCUCGGCCUCAUGACCAUCGGUGCCAUCGCCCGCAGCGUCGCCACCACCCCCGACACCGAAAACGAGGACUUCGAGCGCCUGCGCGAGCAGCGCGACUCGGUCGCCGCCGAGCUGGGCCUGGCGCCCGAGGACCUGGAGCUGAGCAUGGGUAUGAGCGAGGACUACGAGGGGGCUAUUGUUGCCGGGAGCAGCGAGGUGCGCGUCGGGAGCACGUUGUUUGGCGCGCGGGGGCCCAAGAGCGAGGCUAAGAUUAAGGUGUAACUUGUGGUAUCUAUCUGCCUUGGCAUGUGGUUGUGGUGUGUAGGUAUAGACAGACUCCUGGCCUAACCGUAUAUCUUACAUAGGGCGGAGUCAGGGGGCGUUUAUGAGGACUAGUCCAGAUCACCAAACUCACAAAAAAUGAAAUAACACACUAUC